CCCCCGUAUGUCACCCUGGCGGACCACGAAAUUAACUCUCUCAACUUCUUCAUAGGGCGAAAUUGUUUCUCAGAUGAAACCAGUACAAUUCUCCUAUUAUGAGAUUUACAAAAAAGACGUAGGAGGCCAUUUUUCUGUUGGCAUCUGCGAAUGCGAUGCGGUGGAAGUGCCAGAUCGGCGCACAUUCCAAGUCAAUGACUUUUGCUACAUUGAUUGCAAGCUCGACGUUCCGUUUUCGAGUUUGCCUGACAUCAUGACCAUCGAUGGUACGAUGGCCAAGAAGAUGACUUAUGUGGUGGAGAUGAUUCCAUCGGGGGCGUCCGUGGAGUUUGCUGUCUACAUCAAUGGUAGGAAACAAGGUAGUCACAACGCCUGCGUCAGGUUUGAGUGAUAUCUGUCUUUUCCAUAUUGUAGAAUUCCCUGCUUAGAUAUAUCUCAGUUCCAGAAGCUUCUCAUGUAAGAUGGUCCUCACAACGCGCACACAUUAUUG